CCCCCCGCGCCGCCGAACCGAUCCGCUCUACGCUUUACGAACCCGGCCGUUGCCAAGGCAACAACGGCGUCCUGCAGGCUUCUUGAAACUAAGUUAGGCCUCAAUCAGACGCUCAGACGCUGACACAGAGCGAAGCGCCUCCUCCUCCUGCUGCUCAACUUCAUUUCCUAACUUCCCCGUCGCCGAGGAUAUUCCCAAUGUUCUGGGAUGAAUCCCCAUCGAUCCCAAUCCCAGCAGGAACUCUUUCCCAAGGGGGAAAACGAAGAUGAUGAGGAUGUUGAUGAUGAUGGUGAAGAUGAUGAUGGUGGUGAUGAUGAUACUGUGAUAACAAAUGACAGUGUCUCCAUUAAAUAUUGGAAUUCUGCAUUGGAAUUCCAGAAGGAAUCCCGGACUCAGGAUUCAGAAUUCCCGACCCAGGAUUCAGAAUUCCCAAAUAAAUCCCGGACACAGGAUUCAGAAUUCCCGAAGGAAUCCCGGACCCAGGGUUCAGAAUUCCCGACGAAAUCCCGGUCCCAGGAUUCAGAAAUCCCGACCCAGGAUUCAGAAAUCCCGAAGAAAUCCCGGACCCAGGGUUCAGAAUUCCCGAAGGAAUCGCGGACACAGGAUUCAGAAUUCCCGAAGGAAUCGCGGACACAGGAUUCAGAAUUCCUGACCCAGGAUUCAGAAUUCCCAAAUAAAUCCCGGACUCAGGAUUCAGAAUUCCCGACCCAGGAUUCAGAAUUCCCGAAGGAAUCCCGGACACAGGAUUCAGAAUUCCCGACCCAGGAUUCAGAAUUCCCAAAUAAAUCCCGGACCCAGGAUUCAGAAUUCCCGACCCAGGGUUCAGAAUUCCCGAAGGAAUCCCGGACACAGGGUUCAGAAUUCCCGAAUGAAUCGCGAACACAGGAUUCAGAAUUCCCGAAGAUAUCGCGGACACAGCAACUUCUUCGGGAUUCUAAGCCUCCUUUGCCUCAGAAGCAUGACAAACCCGGAUCAGAAUUCCCGAGCGGAAUGCCGACAGAGGAAGGGAAGGAUGGAACGCGCGCUGAGGAGGAGCCCAGGGAGACCACAUCGUCACAGCCACCUGCCGCUCAUCACAACCUGGGCCCCCCAAACUGCAAGAUUAGGGGGCCCCGUCGGAGGAAAGUUGGAAUCAAUCUGUCAAGUUGCAAGUAUGAAAGCGUGAGGAGGGCCGCCAGGUCCCUGGGCCUACACGAGGUGGCCCCCCACUCGGACCGCUGGGCCCUCUGCUGGACUGACCUCUCCGUGGGCCUUGAGCGGGCCCUCAGCCUGAAGGCCCACCAGACGGUGAACCACUUUCCCGGCAUGCUGGAGCUCUGCAGGAAAGAUUGCCUGGCCAGGAACAUGCAGCGGAUGAGCCGACUGUUUCCCAGCCUCUACUCGGACAGCGUACCUCGCACCUGGUGCCUGCCACACGACCGAGGGCAACUGCUCUCCUGGUGCAGGGAGAAGGGCAGCAUCACGAGCGGCUUGGGCAGCGGACGAGUCUUCAUCGUAAAGCCACACAACGGUUGCCAGGGCCGGGGAAUCUUCCUGACUCGGACGCCCUGCACGGACCUGCAGCCCUUGGAGAGAGCCGUGUGUCAAGAGUACAUCGCCAGGCCGCUGCUGCUGGGAGGGUACAAGUUCGAUGCCCGGGUCUACGCCCUGCUCACCAUGGUGGACCCACCCCGUAUUUACGUCUAUCGCGAGGGGCUGGCACGGCUGGCUACUCACCCCUACCGCUCACCCACCGCUCACAACAUGGAUGACGUGUGCAUGCACCUGACCAACUACGCCAUCAACAAGCGCAGCGAGGGAUUUGUCCGUGACGAGUCGACCGGCAGCAAGAGGAGGCUGUCUACCGUGGUUACUCUCCUGGAAUCCUUGAGACGAAGCCGCGGUGGUGCCGGUGGUGCCGGUGGUGGUGGUGGAGGUGGUGGUGCCGGUGGUACCGGUGGUGCCGGUGGUGGUGCCGGUGGUGGUGGUGGUGGUGGCAGUGGUGGUGGUGGUGUCGGCGAGUCCGUUUGGGAGUCUGUGGACACGCUGGUGGUGCAAACCAUCCUGGCAGUGGUGCCUGCCCUGCGUCAGCAGCUCCGCGCCUGCUUCCACGACCCUCGCUGCUGCCUGCUGGCACCGGCAGCAGCAGCAGCAGCAUCAUCAGCAGCAGCAUCAUCAGCAGCAGCAUCAUCAGCAGCAGCAUCAUCAGCAGCAGCAGCAUCAUCAUCAGCAGCAGCAUCAUCAUCAGCAGCAGCAUCAUCAGCGGCAGCAGGGUGGUGCUACUGCUGUUCAAGGCUGUCCCCAUGCUUCGAACUGCUUGGCUUUGACAUCAUCUUUGAUCGGAAGGUCAGGCCGUGGUUGUUGGAGGUGAACCACUCCCCGAGUUUCAGCACCGACUCUGCGCUGGACCGCGAUGUGAAGGACUCCCUGCUGGCCGACUGCCUGGCCCUGGUGGGGCCCGGGGCUCCGUACGGGCCGCGCCUGAGGCCGCACAGGAAGGGCCAGAGGCAUCGUCAUCAGCAUCAGCAGCAGCAUCAGCAGCAUCAGCAGCAGCAGCAUCAGCAGCAGCAGAAUCAUCGUCAGAAGGAUCAUCAUCAUCAGCAGCAGCAGCAGCGUGACAGACAGAAGAGGAUUGAUGAUGAAGAGGCGUGGAGGUCGUCCCGCGUCUUCCGCGCUGACGUUGCGGCCUCGCGCGCCCGCGGCCUCUUCCACCGCGCGUUCCCCCCCGCGGCCCCGCCCCCCCCGCGGUGGGCGGGGCCAGGCGGGAGCAAGGGGGAGGAGCCAUGCGGGAGCAAGGGGGAGGAGCCAGGCCGGAGCAAGGGGGAGGAGCCAGGCCGGAGCAAGGGGGAGGAGCCAGGCCGGAGCAAGGGGGAGGAGCUAUGGAGGGCGCUGGAGGUGGCCGAGCGAGGGGACCUGACGACCGGAGACUCGCCGGAGACUCCCAACGCCCGGCUACAGAAGGAGCGAGGGGAGGGGCUGACUCCCUCCGCCCCCCCCCACCGCAUCCCGCGGGGGUCGGGGUCAGAGGUCAGCGCCGCGUCGCCAUCCAAGGCAGGCAGCCUGAGCGACAGUGGAGAGCGGCAGCAGCAGCGGCGGCAGGGCGAGGAUCGUGGUCAGCAGGAGGAGCGGGAGGAGCGCGAGAGGCGCCUGUGGAGGCGGCAGCGUGAGAGGGAGAUGCGGAUCAAGGGGGUCCACGAACAGCUCAGUCGCAUCCUCCACUCGCGGGUGUUGACGCCUCCCCGUGCGGGGACGGAGGCCACGGGGGCGGCCGCUUCCCACGGCCACGCCGCUCAACGCGGGCCGCACGUCCUCACACUCACCCUGCAGCCUGCCGUGCACAGCGAGAUUUCCGCUCUUGCCAUGAACAGAAGAACAACUAGCGCUCCACCCAACAAUCACCGCAGAGAAUCUCUCCUCCCCCUCCCCUCCUCCAUCACCGCCGCCGCCGCCGCCAUCACCGCCAUCACCGUCACCUCUCCCUCCGCCGCUCCGCGCCAGGGGCGGUGCACGCAGCGAACCGCACGGAGCUUCCGCAUCUCCCUGUCGGCACAGCGACGUAGAGAGGGGCACAUCGCGCCAUGAUGGUGGUGGUGGUGUGGUGGUGGUGGUGGUGGUGAGGUGGUGGUAG